AUGUGUUUGCCGUAUACAAUAUGAAAGAUUUAAAAGAGAUUAUCAUCUGCGAUUACUGAUUUAAACCCUAAAUACACACACACACACUCUCUAACACUAUAUACUACAGACUGUAUGAUAUGUAUGUAUAAUAAAUGUAUAAAAAUAUAAAAACUGUAAAAAAACUAUAAAAACUGUAAGAAAAAAAUGUAUAAAAUAAAUGUAUUAAAAACACCUCAGAUUAAAUAUUUCUUGGCAAGUACUACAAAGUUUGUGUAAUAAAAGUAGUACAAUAAAUAUGAAUUAUAAAUUAUGUACAGUAAAUAGGCACAAUAUUUACAUAUUGUAUUUAUAAAAGUAUAAAUUAUAUAUACAAUAUGCCGUAUAUAAUAUAAAUUAUACAAAUAAUUUUAUAAAGACUCUGUUAAUACAUUGAUAUAUUAUAUUACAUAUUGUAUCAUUGAUUAGUGUAUUAUAAUAGCCUUUGAUGCUGUUUGAUCUAUGAUCUAUGGAUUCUAUAUUCUUUAUCGCAAUUUUUAAUUUCACUUUGUAAUCUCUUGUUAUUAUUGGAAUUUAUAUCGUUUAUAUUUAUGCCUUGAUUUGCACACAUGUUCGCAUAUAUCUGUAUCGCGUGCAUUCUUUCAAAGAUACGUUUGGAUUAAUCAAAAUGGCAGUUGAUUGUUGAGCUUUUACAAAAUUCUUUGAAAGCAUCGAAAGUCAUUUUAAUUAAUGGAUGUCUGAAAGACAGAGCGAAAGAAGAACUUCGACUCACCCUUCGCAGCGUGUGCGUUGAUGUUUCUGCCGCAUUCUCUCGCCUCUCGUCCUGUUAAAACAUUAUUAGAAAUUAAUUGUCAAGACAUUGGUGCAACCUAGUAUUAUGAAAAUAUCAUUACAUAUCAUUACAUGAUCUAAGAGAAAUGACCAAUCAAUCAGCUUUUACGAUGGACGAGAAAAAGUUGAAAAACGCGCAGACUUUUGACAAACAUGAAAUCAGUAAUUUGGCGUGCCGAACAACGAUAAAUUUAAGAGCUUAGACUUUACUCUGUUGGGAAAUGAAAAAUUGUUCAAGGUGCGUGUAUUACACAAUUGUUAAACCACGAUCUCCUACAAAUUGAAAGAUAUGAAGGAAACUAUUUCUCUUUCAUAUCGUUUCCUUCCCUAGGCUCAGAGAAUCAUGUGUUUGGUUAAUUUGUAAUCGGAAACUAUCUUUGAUAAUAAAACGAACAAAUCUUUGACAUUAUCCCGAAAUUAACGAAAACAGCCAUUUAUUGAUGUCUCUGUACAAGAUAUGAUUGGGACACCUUUAAAAAUCAACGAUCAAUCGCGAAGGAAUUUUGACAAUAAUAAAUUCCAUUUGGAUUUACAAAUGAUCAAUUGGGGUUCAAAAUAUACUAAAUGGUCGUUUCACGAGGUGUGAAGUAUAUAGAAAAUAAUCUCGCGUAUAGGAACAACGCGUUUCCAUUCGCAAUGUACGAGCAAAAAAAUUUUGGAUUCUCGAAAAAGAACUAUCAUAGUUACGAUAAUAGAAACAUCAAUCCAGAUGGUAAUUGUAAAAUGGAUGCUAACAAAAAUGGUAAUUAUAAAAUGAAUGGUAACAAAAAAUUUUUCUAUUAGAAAUUACUACAGUUCAUAAGCAUCCGGAUGUUACUUACAUAUGCGAAUAUAUAAAGGACAAAUUUUAUUUUGCAACGUUACGCAACGGCCGGAAAGAUGUAAAAAGCACGUCCAACAUUCAUUUUUUUACGACCGACGACGAGCUAAUUUACAAUAAUUUUUACAACGACUUUGGCCCCUUGAACCUCGCUUGUUUGUACAAAUAUUGUUGCAAGAUAAAUAAGAAACUUGAGAGCCCAGGUAAUGAGCAUAGACAAAUCGUUCACUAUACUUUGCAACGAGACCACAAAAGAGCGAAUGCUGCGUAUUUGAUUGCCUCUUACGCGGUGCUGUACUUGAACAAAAGUCCAAAAGAAUCUUACAACAUUCUUUUCAUGGGAGGUGAAAUUCCUAUAAAAUCGUUCCGAGAUGCCUCUAUGGGAUCAGCCAUUUACAGUAUUCAUUUGUUAGAUUGCUUGAACGCGCUUAAAAAAGCAGCUUCUUUCGGUUUCUUUGACUUUGGCGAUUUUGACGUGUUCGAGUAUGAAAAGUACGAAGACAUGAGAAACGGCGGAUUGAACUGGAUGGUACCACAAAAAUUCCUGGCUUUUGUUGGUCCAAGCACAGAACCAGGCACUCCUUAUCAUCCGCCCGAGUGUUACAUUGAUUAUUUUUUAAAAAACCAAGUCACAGCCGUGGUUAGAUUGAAUAAGAAAGUAUACGAUGCAUCGAGAUUCGUUGAGGUAGGAAUCACGCAUUACGAUAUGUUCAUGCCAGACGGCACGGUACCACCGAGAAGAAUACUGAAUGAAUUUUUACAACUAAGCGAAAAUACCAGUGGGCCAAUAGCAGUUCAUUGCAAAGCUGGACUGGGAAGAACAGGUUCAUUGAUCGCUGCUUAUUUAAUAAAGCAUUAUAAAAUGACGGCGAGAGAAGCUAUUGCUUGGAUAAGAAUUUGCAGGCCUGGUUCAGUUAUUGGACAUCAACAAGCCUGGUUGGAGAAUAUAGAAAAAAAUUUAUUAAAUGCUGGUCAACAAUAUAAUAAAAAAAAUAAGGAAGAAAUAUUUACCUGUUUCGUGAUCGUGUGUCUAUUUCGCAGACUGAAGUAUUAUGGAGAUGGCGAUGUGAUAUUGCAUCACAAACGCGGAAUAUACUCAAUCGUGGACAAGCAGGAAAGGAAAUUACACUACACAUCCAACGAAGGAUGCACAGGAAAAUUAAGAAAUUUCCGUGGAUCAAACGAUUCAGAACGAGCUCCACAGAAAUACAGAGUUACAGAUCCGUAUAUCAUGACACAAGGAGAUAGGCUAAAUGAAAUCAAAAUGAACAGAUUCAAAUCAUCUGGAAAUUCAGAGUCGCGGCAAAAGAAUUGCAUCUCUUAUGGACUGGACGCUGUGAAAAACGCACGUCGAAGAAAAUAA